GUUAGAGGGACAGUGGCUUGUAAACAAAACGUAAAGAAGAAUGUAAUGUACAAAUGAACCCAACUCACGGGUUCAUUUAGCUCCCAGCUAUACACGGAGCUGCUAAACGUGAAGCAGCAUCUCUUUGAGUUAGAAAUAGUUAGCUGUGUCAGUAGUUUUUCUCUUACAUUUGUCUUGACCAGCUGUUUAGUAUCUCCGUCUGUAGCGCUCCUUUCUUUUCUGCUUUCACAGAGAUGUUCAACAUGUUGGACGCGGCUGCAGAGCAAAUGAUGGUCCACAGAGAUUUCCAGGCAGCCUUUGACACAUGCGACAGAGGUCUGCAGAGUCUCGCCAGCAUGGAGUCAGAGGACAACAGGUGCGCAGAGUUAAAAGCUGGUUUCUGCAUCCUAGGGAUUCAAGCCCUGGCUGAGCUGAACCAGUGGCACGGUGUCCUCUCCUGGGUCCUUCAGCAGUACGAGCAUCAGGAGACAAUACCAGCAAAAAUAAUGCAGAUGUGCAUACUCCUUUACUCUAAGGUGGGUGAGCCUGCUGUGGUGCAGGAGGCAGCCAGAGUUUGGCUACACUGCCUGGCCAACAGCAGAGUAAUGGGGUUUGGGACAGUCGCAGAGCUGUACUUGUUGCACAUCCUCGUGGCUCUCGGACACACAGAGGAGGCUCGGGAGUUGAUCGUUGGCGAGGUUGGAAACAGUGCGUUCACGGAAGACCAGAGACAGACAGCGCUGGAUGUUGUAGUAGAGAAAGAGCAACAGAAUCAAGAACCACCUUUAAAUCCUGGUUGCAGCCCAAACUCUGAGAUCACUACACAUUCUGUCCCAACUAAAGGUGCUGUAAUCCACAAACUUCAAACCAUGCUCAGUUUUUUAUACAGAAAACUGUUGAUGGCCGGCUCUGGCUCAUUCCCUCUCAGGAGAAUCUUUCUGGCUGCUGUCCUUCUCUACAUGCUCUUUCUUCGAUUGGAUCCAGCUCUCCCGUCUUCAUUCAUGUGGAUUUCCAAACUUCUUCAACUACUCAAACAGAUGUGGAGUGCCAUGUUUGCUCCAUACUCUCAGGCUCUCACACAGAACGGAGGAUUGUAAAAGACUGAAAACCCCCUUUUCAGGUCAUCAUACCUAUGAAAACAAACCAGAACAUUCCCAGCAGUAUUUGCUGUUUUUUGAGUUAGAAACCACAGACUUUUGAUGCCGUCAAGAUGCUCCACAGACUGAGAGGCUGAUUUUGUGCCUGUUUUUUCAGUCUUUACAGUUCAUAUCACUCAUCUCAGGUCCUCACUAACACAUCCUUAAGGUUGCAGGACCAGAUUUUUCCAUGUAAGGCAACACCCACGUUACCAUAAUAAUAACUUAAUAAUAACCAGGAAAAUGAUUCACUGAGAUUUUACCGGAGUGUCUUGGACAAGAUAGCAACCACACCUACAUCACAUGAUAAUGAAAUAGCAAAGGGUCAACACAGAUGUGAUAUGAUGGUUAAUGCAUAGAUAAAAUAAUGGCAGGCAAUAUACCAUUAAAAGGAUAAUAAAUAUAAUGAAAUAAUAAAUAUAUGAA